AUGAAUAAAGCACGUACAGUGCUAAAAUACUUUACUGCCGUAGAGCAAAGCGAGGGUGUGGGUGCCAAGGUCAGACGGUCAAUCGGAACGCUCAACCUACGCAAUUUCACGCCAUUCCUAAUGCUGGACCAUUUCACAGUCGCACCGCCUGCAGGUUUCCCAGACCACCCUCAUCACGGCCAGGAAACCAUCACGUACAUUUUGGGCGGUAUGGUUGCCCAUGAGGACUUCACGGGCUCGCAGGGUGUCCUCAAAGAGGGCGAUUUGCAAUUCAUGACUGCUGGCAAAGGAAUCGUGCAUUCGGAAAUCCCAGUCAAGCUCGAUUCCAACGAACCAGCCGUCGGACUGCAAUUGUGGGUAGAUCUGCCCAAAGAUCUGAAGAACUGCGAGCCACGCUACCGCGACCUGCGUAAAAACGAGACGCCUACCGUCAAGCCGCACGACGGCUUGGAAGUCAGGGUCAUCAGCGGAGAAUCUUACGGCGUCAAAUCGCUUAGCGAGCUGGCUUACACACCGGUCAGCUUCUACCACUACAUUGCGUCCAAGACGGACGUUCCCUUCAAACAAGCCUUCCCAACGAACUUCAACGUCUUUUUGUAUGUUCUCAAGGGUGCUGUGACAAUCAAUGGUCAGCGAUUCCCGCAAUUUUCAUCGGUUUUCUUCGAAAACAACGGAGGACACGUAGAAGGUGUGAGUUCGGCCAGCAACGCGGAAUUUGUCAUUAUAGGCGGCCAAAUCCUAGACCAGCCUGUCGUACAGCACGGGCCAUUCGUUGAGACCUCCAGAGAACGCAUGAUCCAGGUAUUUGGCAACUAUCAAACAGGUACCAAUGGGUUCGAAAGAGCGCCAGGCUGGAGUUCUUCGAUUGCAAACGGUAUUACCGAACAUCAAAUCGAUUCUUUCGAAAAGUCUUAA